AAACUGCUGGAACCUCUGAAGGCCCUGAUGAGUGGGGCUUUUUAUCAGGAGCAGGUGGAUGAACUCACUCGGAUUCUUGAUCUGACAGAUGAUACUCAGGCUCUGGAUGAACACGAUUUUUGCUGUGUUUGUGGGCUGGCCGAAAGACUUUUCUAUACCAAAAACCUGUAA